GGGGACAGCAGAGGCCUCCGGGGCUGUUGCAACGCCUGGGACAGUUCCUCCCUGCGGGGACACAGAAGUCUUCCAACAGCCGCUCUGUUCUGUGCCACCCCACGCCAUGGGGACACCUUGGGGUCACCCCACGCCACAGCCCCCCAUGCAUCCAACUGGGGUGGACGACCACCCCCAACCCAAACCCACCCUAUUCCAAUGGGCUGUUCCCACCCUGGGGACACCCGUGGGACACUCCGGGGUCACCUAUGCAUCCUAUUGGAUUUCUGCAUGGGCGAAACCCCUCGGCGGAUAUGGGGCAGAGCGCGUUGGAGCCGCAGGAGGAGGCAGAGGACGCGUCCCUGAUGGCCACGCUGUCUGAGCUCUUUGCCGAGGAGCAGCUCUCCACCAGCACGGUGCUGUGGGCAAUGCUCAGCGUCAGCCUCCUCACCGUUCUCUUUGCAAUUGGCAUCGUGCUGCUGGUCCGGCGGCUGCGCCUUAAGAAGGUGCCUGCACAGGAGACGCCCAAAUACCGCUUCCGAAAAAGGGACAAGAUGCUGUUCUACGGGCGCAAGAUCAUGCGCAAAGUCUCCCAGUCCACCUCCUCGCUGGUGGACACCACCAUUUCCAGCACCUCUCGGCCCCGCAUGAAGAAGAAACUCAAAAUGCUCAACAUCGCCAAAAAGUUCCUGCGCAUCCAGAAGGAGCUGCCCACGCUGCAGCUGAAGGAGCCCCCGCCAUCGGUGCUGGAAGCUGACCUGACCGAAUUCGACGUGGCCAACUCCCACCUCCCCUCCGAGGUGCUCUACAUGCUCAAAAACGUCCGGGUGUUGGGACACUUUGAGAAGCCGCUGUUUCUGGAGCUCUGCAAGCACAUGGUUUUCCAGCAGUGCCAGCAAGGGGAUUACGUAUUCCGACCCGGGCAGCCCGACACCAGCAUCUACGUGCUGCAGGACGGCAAGCUGGAGCUGCUCCUCACCGAGCCGGAUGGAAAGGAGACUGUGAUGAAAGAGGUGUUUCCUGGAGACAGCGUGCACAGCCUGCUCAGCAUCCUCGAUGUCAUCACGGGCCACCAGCGGCCAUACCGUACGGUGUGUGCGCGGGCAGCAGAGGAUUCAACGGUUCUCCGUUUGCCAGUUGAAGCCUUUUCAGCUGUCUUUGAGAAGUACCCCGAGAGCCUGGUGCGGGUGGUGCAGAUCAUCAUGGUGCGCUUGCAGCGCGUCACCUUCCUGGCACUGCACAAUUACCUGGGGCUGACGAAUGAGCUUUUCAGCCACGAGAUGCAGCCACUGCGGCUCUUCCCGCAGCCCAGCCAUGCCACCCGCACCAGCCCUGUCCGCCAUGGCAAGCGGGGGCUCGGCGCUGCUGAGGAGGGAAGGGAGAGACCAACGGAGCUGAGUAAGGUUCUGGACUCCCCCUGCCCCCACCCUACAGCAGGAAGGGGAUCACAGCCAUCUGUCCCUGCAGUUGAGCCGCUGAAAGCCGGAGUUCUGGAUGCCCCUGCACCACCACUGCUGAGCCGCUGCAUCUCCAUGCCAGUGGAUAUCUCUGGCAUCCAGAAGGGUCCCCGCUCUGACUUUGACAUGGCCUACGAGCGCGGACGCAUCUCAGUAUCGCUGCAGGAGGACAGCACCAGCCCCCUGGCUGCCUUCUCUCGGUCCAUCUCACACGAGCCCAAGGAACGUAAGUCGGUGACGGUGGAGGAGCAGCCAUCGGGUAUCUACAGGUACAGCUGUGAGGACGAGUCGGCCGCGGUGGACUGUCCCUUCGAGCCCUACCAGGGCCGUCAAACCAGCGCCAUCUUCGAGGCUGCCAAGCAGGAGUUGGUCAAACUGAUGAAGGUGGAGGACCCUUCUCUGCUCAACAACCGUGUCUUGCUUCAUCACGCCAAAGCUGGGACGGUUAUUGCCCGUCAAGGGGACCAGGACGUGAGCCUCCACUUCGUGCUGUGGGGCUGCCUACAUGUCUACCAGAGGAUGAUUGACAAGGCCGAAGAUGUCUGCCUCUUCCUGACACAGCCUGGUGAGAUGGUGGGGCAGCUGGCCGUGCUCACUGGAGAGCCCCUCAUCUUCACCAUCAAGGCCAACCGAGACUGUACCUUCCUCAAGAUCUCCAAGUCAGACUUCUACGAGAUCAUGCGGGAGCAGCCCAGCGUGGUGCUGAGCGUCGCCCACACCGUGGUCACCCGCAUGUCACCCUUCGUGCGCCAAAUGGACUUCGCCAUCGAUUGGAUGGCGGUGGAAGCCGGCCGGGCGCUCUACAGGCAGGGUGACAAGUCAGACUGCACCUACAUCGCGCUCAACGGGCGGCUCCGCUCCGUCAUCCAGAAGGGCAGUGGCAAAAAGGAGCUCAUUGGGGAGUACGGCCGCGGGGACCUGAUUGGCGUGGUGGAAGCACUUACCCGGCAACCCCGUGCCACCACGGUGCACGCGGUCCGGGACACGGAGCUGGCCAAGCUUCCCGAAGGCACCUUGAACAACAUCAAGCGUCGGUACCCUCAGGUUGUCACCCGUCUCAUCCACCUCCUGAGCCAGAAGAUCUUGGGAAACCUCCAGCAGCUCCGCGGCCCCUUCGCAGGCUCUGGUUUGGGCAUGGCCUCCAGCUCGGAGCCCACCAACCCCACCAGCAACCUGUCAACGGUGGCGGUGCUGCCAGUGUGUGACGACGUGCCCACGGCUGCCUUCACCUUGGAGCUCAAGCACGCGCUGAAUGCCAUCGGUCCCACGCUGCUCCUCACCAGUGACAUCAUCCGCGCCCGACUUGGCUCCUCGGCACUGGACAGCAUCCAUGAGUACCGCCUGUCGGGCUGGCUGGCCCAGCAAGAAGACAUCCAUCGCAUCGUGCUCUACCAAACCGACUGCACUCUGACGCCGUGGACCGUGCGCUGCAUCCGGCAGGCGGACUGCAUCCUCAUUGUUGGGUUGGGUGACCAGGAGCCAGCGCUCGGAGAGCUGGAGCAGAUGCUGGAGAACACGGCGGUGCGUGCACUGAAGCAGUUGGUUCUCCUGCACCGUGAGGAUGGUCCCAGCCCAUCGCGCACCGUUGAGUGGCUCAACAUGCGGAGCUGGUGCUCGGGCCACCUGCACAUCAAGUGCCCGCGCCGCGUCUUCUCCCGACGCAGCCCCGCCAAGCUGCGAGAGAUGUACGAGAAGGUGUUCGCCAAGAGCGCCGAUCGGCACAGCGACUUCUCCCGCUUGGCGCGGGUGCUCACCGGCAACACCAUCGCCCUCGUUUUGGGUGGCGGCGGAGCCAGGGGCUGCUCCCACAUCGGGGUGAUCAAGGCGAUGGAGGAGGCGGGGAUCCCCAUCGACAUGGUUGGCGGCACCUCCAUCGGAUCCUUCAUCGGCGCGCUGUACGCUGAGGAGCGCAGCGCCGUGCGCACCAAGCAGCGGGCACGCGAGUGGGCCAAGUGCAUGAAUUCGGUGUUUGCGACCGUCCUGGACCUCACUUACCCCAUCACCUCCAUGUUUUCGGGCUCAGCCUUCAACGCCAGCAUCAACAAAGUUUUCCAGGACAAGCAGAUCGAGGACCUUUGGCUUCCUUACUUCAACGUCACAACAGACAUCACGGCCUCAGCCAUGCGGGUGCACACGGAUGGCAGUCUUUGGCGUUACAUCCGAGCCAGUGCCUCCUAUACCCCCUACCUGCCUCCGCUCUGCGACCCCAAGGACAGCCACUGCCUCGUGGACGGCUGCUAUGUUAACAAUGUCCCAGGCUCGCUCUGGCGGUACGUGCGAGCCAGCAUGACCCUAUCUGGGUACCUGCCACCCCUCUGCGACCCCAAGGACGGCAACUUGCUGAUGGACGGGGGUUACAUCAACAACCUGCCAGCUGACAUCGCCCGCAACAUGGGUGCCAAGACGGUGAUUGCCAUCGACGUGGGCAGCCAGGACGAGACGGACCUGUGCAACUACGGGGACAGCCUGUCGGGCUGGUGGCUGCUCUGGAAGCGCCUCAACCCUUGGGCUGAAAAAGUCAAGGUGCCCGACAUGGCAGAGAUCCAGUCGCGGUUGGCGUAUGUGUCGUGCGUGCGGCAGCUGGAGGUGGUGAAGUCCAGCUCGUACUGUGAGUACAUCCGACCCCCGAUCGACCGCUUCAAGACGAUGGAUUUCGGCAAGUUCGAUGAGAUCUAUGAUGUGGGCUACCAGCAUGGCAAGGUGGUCUUUGAUGGCUGGAGUCGGGGUGACAUCAUUGAGAAGAUGGUGAAGGACCGGCGCUCGGCUGACUUCUAUGAGAGCAAACGCAUGGACGUGCUCACGUACCCCAGUGCUGGUUUCACAGACCUGGCAGAGAUCAUCUCCCGCAUUGAGCCCGCCAAGCCCUACCCAUCGGAUGGAUACGCGGAUGGUGAGCACCCAUCCCACACGGUGGGGCUGGGGGCUGCAUCCUGGCCCCAAACCCCCUGUUCCCUCCCUUCUGCUCCCCUAGAGGAGUCUGACUACCUCACCGAGUACGAGGACGAGGGGCCGGAGCUGUCGCGGGGCGAGGAGGAGGCGUUCGCCCCAACCGAGUGGCCUGGAGCCGGCGUGACAGAGGCUGUGAGUGCCCCUGGCCACAGAGACCCUCCAAAAUGGGGUGACCCCAGGCUUGGGGCUCCCAAUGGUGCCCUUACCUCACAUGUGGGGGUUCAUGGGGCGAGUCCUGUCCCCAGGUUGUGGAGAACCUCUGAAAUGGGGUGCCCUGGGGGUUCCCCAUCCUGGUAUCCUCAUCCCCACGUCCCUAUCCAAGUGUCCCCAUCCCAGUGUCCCUACACAAAUGUCACCAUCCCAGUGCCACUAUCCUAGUGUCCCCACCCCUGCAUCCCCAUCCUGACAUCCCCAUCCCGGCGUCCCUGUCCUAAUAUCUGUGUCCUAGCGUCCCCAUCUUGGUAUCCCUGUUCCGGUGUCCCUAUCUUGGUGACCCCAUCCUAAUGUCCCUACCUCGGUGACCCCAUCCCAAUGUCCCCAUUCCGCAGUUCUCAUCCUGCUGUCCUUUCCCCAAGUGUCCCCUUUCCAGAGUCUCAAUUCCAAUGUCCCCAUCCUGAUGUCCCCAUCCCAACGUCUCCAUCCCAGUGUCC